GUACUUGAAGAUGGUGUUCUUGAUCCAGAGACAACUGUUGUUUCUAUAUUCCCAUCUCCUAUGCACUACGCUGGUCCAACCGAGGUGCAAUGGCACGCAAAGGCUCGGAUCAAUGCAGGUGCUAACUUCUAUAUCGUGGGACGAGAUCCAGCUGGUAUGGGUCAUCCAUUAGAGAAGAGAGAUCUGUAUGACGCAGAUCAUGGCAAGAAGGUGCUCAGUAUGGCCCCGGGACUAGAACGGCUGAAUAUCUUGCCUUUUAGGGUGGCUGCGUACGACAAGACUCAGAAUAAAAUGGUUUUCUUUGAUCCCUCUAGGCCUCAAGAUUUUAUCUUCAUUUCAGGCACCAAGAUGCGAGCGCUUGCAAAGAACAAGGAGAGUCCUCCAGAUGGAUUUAUGUGUCCUGGUGGUUGGAAGGUUUUGGUGGAAUACUAUGAUAGUUUGGCUUCAACUGAAAAUGGCAGAAUUCCUCAACCUGUGCCUUGCUGGUGUGAUACUGUUAUCUGGUGUCGCUUCUCUUCAUCGCGAUCGCGGAGAGAAGAACGCGAUCGCGUAAGGGAUAGAUCUGAGGCUGCUCGUUUCUUCUUGGCAUUCGCGAACAUGGGUCCGCAUUCGCAUAGGGUGUGGCAGAUGGAGCAUCGCGUUCGCGUUGGUGAGAAUGCGUUCGCGUAG